UAUUCUAUUCUUUUCUCUUCUCCUCUCCUCUCUCUCAAAUGUGAAAUCAGUACACUAUUCUUUCAUGGCUGAGACUUUGCAUUCUGCCGAGGCCCUCAAAAUGACUACUUCUCCAACUCAAUCCCACAAAUUUCUCUCUUCCCCGAAACUACACUCGCCUAACGAAGGAGAAAUUGAAGAAGCCCUUCAUGAUGAUACAAAUGACAACCAAAGUAGAGGUGUUUUAAUGUUAAAGAAGCUGGAGUGUUGCUUUUCUGGUUAUGAACAAGAUUCAGAGUUGGAUACGGAGACCCUGAAAACUGCAGUCAUUCAAGAUUCACCCUCUGGUAAUGUUGUAUAUGACGCUACCUUGGUCGGUACUGAUAUGGUUGUCCCUGAAAUUGAAGAACCACCUUCUUCUUGUGUGGUGAAGUUUCCUGAUGAUGCGAUUGAUUCAAGAAAUGAAAAGAAUCGCGAGGAGAAGUUUGCUGACGAUUCAGUUUAUUCAAGAACUGGGACGAAGCAAGAAAGGAAUUUUGUUGAUGAUGGAAUUGAUUUAAGAAUUUUGACGAAACAAGAAGGGAAUUUUGUUGAUGAUGGAAUUGAUUUAAGAACCGUGACAAAACAACAAGGGAGUUUUGCUGAUGAUGCAAUUGAUUCAAGUACCGCGAAGAAACAAGAAGGAUUUUUUGCUGAUUAUGCAAUUGAUUCAAGUACUGUGAAGAAACAAAAAGAUAAUUUUGCUGAUGAUGGAAUCGAUUCAAGAACUGUGACGAAACCAGAAGGGCAUUUUGCUGAUGAUGCUAUUGUCUCAAGUACUGUGAAGAAACAAGAAGAUAAUUUUUCUCGAGAUGAUAUUGAUUCAAGAACUGUGACGAAACAAGAAAAGAUUUUUUCUGAUUAUGCAAUUUAUUCAAGUACUGUGAAGAAACGAGAAAGGAAGUUUGCUGAUGACAACGUUGAUUCAAAAUCUGUGAUGAAACUAGAAGGGAAUUUUUCUGAUGCAAUAUGUUCAGGAACUGUGAAUAAACAAAAAUAUAAGUUUGCUGAUGAUUCAAUUGAUUCAAGAACUACGAGGAAAAAAGAGGAUAAGUUUUCUGAUGAUGGUUCAAGAACUGUGAAGAAACAAGAGAAAUUCGAAUCAGUAAAAUGUGCUUUGAAGAUUCAAGUGAUUGAUGAGACAGCACUCAUCGAGUCACCCCGUCUCGGAUAUGGGACAUUUAAUAAUGGGAAGCGCCAAAAAACUCAGGGGACAAAGGAGAAAAGGCCAACGAAAAGGAGCUCGAAAGCUGCAGAAAAGGUGGAAACUUCAGGAACCCAAUCCCAAGAUUAUGGCUACAUUGGGAAUAAAGGGAAGAAAAGACUGGUGUAUUCGAGGAAGAAGAUCGAGGCUUUGAGAUUUGUGGGAUUGGAAGCCCAGAAGAAAAAGUGGAUUGAAAUCUACUGUGGGCUUGGUCCUUUGGUGGCAAAGGAGUAUGAUGAACUGUCUCAUCAUCAGAAACACAAUGCUAGGACCCAGUUCUUGAGAGUUUCCGUGCCCCCUAGAUACUUGGGUGCGGUUGCGGCAAAGAGAGAAGGAAACCAUCUGAAAGUCUCUGUGCGCUGAAGAAUGGCUUCUAGGAGAUGCAAAGAACAUUUUUGCUCCAAAAUCUAUCUCUAGAUUUUUGCACUAGAGUUAGAAUAGUUGCUGAAUUUUACAGGGAAGCUCAAAUAGUUCAUAUGAUUGUUCUGAAUCAUUGAAUGUGCUAUGCAUUUCUUUUGAAAUGAGUAUAUGAUGGCACAUUCUAGGUGUAAAUGUAUGUGAAUUUGCCUGCAAUUGCAAAUCGAACAAUAAAGUCUGGUAGAAUUUGUUUAUUGGAAUGUUGUAGACAUCUGUUGAUUGUAUAAAGGUUUUUCUUUUAAAAAUCUUAGAUAAAUGUCUUGUUUGAAUUAUUUUUCUUCUCCUUUGUGUUAUUGAUGGAUGAAUAACUUCUACGUUGUAGAUGACGGAUGUUUACUAAAUUUGUCCACACCUUUCAGGUGAAAGGCAGUCUUGAAUUUGCAGAGAGUCACUUUAAAAAUGUGAAUACUAGAGAUACUGCCUCGUGUUUUCCUGGUAGUGAUGUAGUUGACUGCUAAGUUGUGGAAGGAGAGUGCAGUGAAGAUGACGCCGCUGAUGAAGAUUACAGUAGCAUACAAAAGCCUGCCUCUUUGGUUACAGGAGAACCCGAAUUUGAUUCAGGGUCUCCACAAGAUGGACUAGAAUAUCUUUGGCAUGUAAGGUAUCAUUUUCACUGAUCAAGAUUUUUGUGUGCACAUAUAAUUUUCAUUUUUGUUCAUGUUAGCUUUUGCUAUUGGAUAACUUGGUUCCAAAUACAGUUAU